AGUCCUAAUGUCUGCCGGACUCUCUGUAAGAAAUGUGGCAUGCACCAACUCCACAAAGUGACACCGUACAAAAAGGGCAAGGAUUCUCUGUAUGCCCAGGGAAAGCAGCGUUAUGAUAGGAAGCAGAGUGGCUAUGGUGGGCAGGCGAAGCUGAUUUUCUGGAAAAAGACUAACACUACAAAGAAGACUGUGCUGAGACUUGAGUGUGUGGAGCCCAGCUGCAGAUCUAAGAGAAUGCUGGCUAGCAAGAGCUGCAAGCAUUCUGAACCGGGAGGAGAUAAGAAGCAAAAGAGCCACGUGAUUCAGUUCUAAGCAUCUUUUUUUUUAUUAUGAAGACAAUAAAAUCUUGAGGUUAUGUUAAUUACAAAAAAAAAGUCUGCUUUCUCACUCUCACCAUUUAUCAUGAAACCCUAGUCACAAACAGUGAGUUACCUCUUCAUUAUUCCUAUUUCAGAUACAUCUAUUUUUAUAAGCUCUUGUAUGUUUUGUUCUUUGGGUUCCUGGGACUACUGUUUUAGUUCCUUAAGUUUCACGUACUUGAUUCUGUGUAUAUCCUUCUGUCUGCGUGCACAAUGGUUUAUAAUCUGUCCUUGGCUGGGCACGGUUGCUCAUGCCUAUAAUCCUAGCA